AAGCCUUGUCGGUGUUUCCGGUCGGUAGUCGGUAAAAUGAACGCGCCUCCUGCUUUCGAGUCGUUCCUGCUGUUCGAGGGAGAGAAGAAGAUCAGCAUCACCAAGGACACCAAGGUCCCCAACGCCUGCCUCUUCACCCUCAACAAGGAGGACCACACGCUGGGCAACAUCAUCCGGGCUCAGCUGUUGAAGGAUCCUCAGGUUCUGUUUGCUGGUUAUAAAGUUCCCCAUCCACUGGAACACAAAAUCGUCAUCAGAGUCCAGACCACACCUGACUACAGCCCACAGGAAGCGUUCACCAACGCCAUCACAGAUCUGAUCAGCGAGCUGUCUCUGCUGGAGGAACGCUUCAGAGUCGCCAUCAAAGACAAACAGGAAGGGAUCGAGUGACCUCACACCCCCUGAUGAUGUCACUUCCUGUCUGUUUGUUUUUGUAAAUAAAAUAUGUGAUGUCACAACCCGCA